AUGUCACCCUCAACCACGGCACGCAUAAGCCGCAUCCGCGACGCUGUACUCUGCGCUGCGCUGCGCGAAUACAUUCGGGGACAGCUGGACAUCGCUCUCACUCCCUACCCUUCCCUUGCGCUACGGAGCCGCCGCGCGACGAGGGCUUAUGAGACGGCAGUGUCCAUCUUCCUCGACGAGAGCGACGAGGAUGGGAGUUUGUUCGAUGUGCGUCGAGCAGAUUUUGACGGCGAGCUAGCGGCGCGGUUGGAUGAGGCCGUGAACCCGUCAAUGCACUGGGCAUUUAGUGACGAGCAGCGAGAUAGAUGCCACUUGCUAAAGGAGGUCAUUAUGGGAUUGACUGACCAAUUUACGAUGCUUUGGGUGCGCGAACUGGAAAAGUUGAAGGUGACGGACGCCAGGAUCCAAGAGAUGGUAGGAAUGAACGCUGAUGUUGAGAAUGAUGUUUUGCGGAGACGGGUUUGUUUUAUUUUUCGAGAAGAUGAUGAUGAUUAUGAGGAGGACGAGGAGGAGGAGGAAGAGGAGGAGAAGGAGAGGGAGGAGACGUAUGACAAUGGCAAAGGCAAAGGCAAGGGCAAAGGCAAGGGCAAAGAAACGGACAAAACCCAAGUCGUUCCCCGCGAUCAGGCAGGCGACGAUACCAACGAUGCCGAUAACGAUGAUGGGCAUAGUCGUCGUCGUCGUCGUCGUCAUGAAUGUGAGAAUGACAAAGACAACGACAACCGCGUCGACGUUGAUGCGCUCCAGGACAACGAUUGUAUCAUGUACGGCAAGUACGUUCGCACUCGCGAUGGUGACGGUGACGGCGACGCAGCUGUCGAAAAGCCUUGGGUCUGUCUCAUCUGCGCCAAUCAUACCGGUACAGCGCACAAAGGUUCGUUCGUGAGACAUUUGGCCGAUAAACAUGGGAUACGGAAUGUUCGAAAAGCACUGAGAUAUCUUCCCACAAAGGGUUGA